UCCCAACAACGAGGGAGAGAGCCACGAGCAUCAUCCCCUUGCAGCAGCUGCUAGCAGUGCCGCGGACGUCUAGCCAACAUCCAGAACCACUUCGAGUGGAGAAGGACAGGGGACUUUCGCAACACCAGACUAUUUCCACCAUCUCAACGUACUUGAAACCCCGUCAAAACGAAUUCAGUUGAGAAUAGUUGUCUAUUAGCCGCGGUUUUGAUGACCGCAGUGCGCAACAGUCUUGACACACAGAUUUCGGGUGGGUUGGGAUGCCACCUGAAAUCUGGCUGCCACCACCACCACAAUACAAUGCCGCCUAUACACCGCGCCUAUUGUUCGCGCAAAUACACCGCGGAGGACAAUAGGCGAUUGCGCGAUUUAUUGCCGCGCCUUUACUUCACUAUUGCCUCCCAACUUUACCUGUCGACAUCGCGACAAAUAGGCAGCCGCCCCAGCAGCAUAUAUAUACUUCUCCUAGCCUGCUACUCUAUCUUUCCUUCCCCAACCCUUUCUUCCUAUUUUCUCUACCACACACCACAGCCGCCCCUCAGGACUGGGCUGUCUCUUCUUUUCCUGCCUUGGCUAGCCGCCUCACUUUGCUUCCCAUCAGAACCUUCACCAUCACCAACCACAACAACUACUCAUCGACCCGUAGCUACGGCCGACCCCGCAUACGAGAGCGCGCGCUCUGCUCACUGAGCCUACGACCGAUACGACAGAGGGAGCCCGCGAGCGCAUAAGCGCACCCACACACACAACGCACACAAGCCUAGUAACAUUAGUCCUACA